AUGUAUGCUUCUGUGUUCAACAACAGUGCCAGCCACGAAGCAAAGCUGGAGAGACUAAACACCCAAUUCGCUUUGUCUCUUAUUGUGAUUGAUGUGGUUCUGGGAUUUUACUUUUUAUUUGGAGUUCUAGGAAACGCCAUUGUUAUAUACAUCUACAGUUUCCGUCUAAGAGUGAAACUAGACGACAAGUUUUUUAUUCUUGUACUUGCUGUUAUGGACGUCAUUGUUUGUGUCACAGGUCCAACGUUCUGUCUUAUGAGGAACAUUUUCCCAGUCUACAUGGAUAUGGACCUGGUCUGCAAGAUGUCCUGGUUUUUCACACGUAACUUGAAUGGAGCGUCUGGACUUUUAAUCCUGGUGAUUGGUCUUCAACGUUUCCUAAAAGUGUGUCGACCGUUUGGCCGACAGAUGACGAAGAAGUACAAGAUCAUAGCUCUCAUACUAACUAUAUGUGUCACCAUCGUCAUCCACACACCGUUGUUUAUAUUCUACGGAAUAACGGAAGUUCCUUUUGUUGACAAAGGCAUAACUGGGAGACGGUGUGGGCUUAUUCACGGACAUAGUGAAAUGAUUGAUUUUUAUGGGAAAGUAUACUUGUAUAUUAUGUUUGCAAGCGCACUAUUGACAAUGGUGGGGAUAUGCAGUUUAUAUACAGCAACUGGUAAAAAGAUUUACGAGCAUAUAAAACGCCUAGAAGAUAUGCCUACAACACACCCUUCUUUUGAUACUAAUUCAACACACGACAUAGCGAUGAAGUCGGAAAAUGAUCCAGAAUCUAUACAAACGGCGCGGCGGAAAUCGUCCAAGGACAACAACAUCCGUGACCUAAAUCGCCGAAGAUCUACAACAGUUUCCGUUCGCUCCAAAAAGACGCCCUUUGCCGUACACAGAUAUUCCAUCAUGUUUCUGAUCAUAUCUCUGUUGUGUGUACUGACCUAUGUCCCUGCCCUGGCCAUCAAUUUGGCCGUGGAUGUGGACUCCGUGGAAUUCUGGACGGAAUUUUCCGAUACGGAGAGAAGAGUAUACUUACUGGUGUUUCAGAUGUAUCUUUUAAACCAUGUCGUUAACCCUAUUGUUUACACUUGCUUUGAUACAAAAUUUCGGCUCAAGGUUAAGGAAUUAUUUUGUUAG